CAGGCCACGCAACGCCGCCGCUUCUUCAUUUCUAGGACUCAUUCUUUCUUUUCUUUUCCGCCGGGAUUCUCGAGUCCAUCCACUCCCAUGGGGACUUUCCAGCUUACGUCACAAUUUACAAUCUGUAAUUGAGCUCUCUUGCUUCUCCGCCACGCUGCUGACACCCCUGCCUGCCUGGAAACAUGACCUGGAUAUUAGUUUUCAUGCCACCAGUUUCCUAAAUACAGAUCUAACUUGCUAGAAAUCCGCUCAGAAUACUCCAUCAGCUGCACGAUUCCACCCGUUAGCAGAGAACCAUCAUGGUUCUCUGCAAUGAUUGCUUAGAGAUCAGUCAAUCGGAAUGACCAGGUGUAAAAGUCAUGGCGAUCGUCGCCUGCCUGGAAAUACCAUGGUCGAGGCAGCGACUUAGGAGAAAUUCAGGAAAAAACAAAUCUCACAAGGCCGAAGCCGACCUUCAGUCAGAAGCCAAGGCGGAGGUUGAGACCCGUUAUCUAUUCUGGCAGAAGCCUCGACGUACCGAUCCUCUUGAGUAAGUUCCCGCUUGAAACGCCGAGCUUGCCAGGUUGUCUCAAUUCGCGGUUUUUCCAACCGUGCGCCUUCGCGAAUGGGUCGGGUAGAGCGCUGGGUAUCAUAUCAGAUCACAGCGGAGCUCCCUCGAGUGUUACUUAUAUCGCUUGGCUUUAUUGCCAAGAGCCGCCCCGCCUCUAGAAGUGUCGAGUUUGCUUCUAACUUCAGCUGACGAGGCUUCGGAUUGCCUUGACGGAGGUCGGUUCUUGUCCGUCAGGAGACGCUCCUUUUUUCUUAGUCCGAGAGGAGCUCGCUAAGGCGACCUAACUCACGCCAGCUCUCUGGGUUUGCGCGCUGAGUGAGCAUUGCUGAUGGCGCACGGGCGGAUCCGAGUCAACAUGGCACGCCCGCUAGUGGCGGUGCUGCUGUGCUGCAUCUCCGCUGUGUGCCUCACAGGAAUCCUCGCAGCACCAGCAGCAGCAGCAGCUGCUGUAUCAGGUGUGCCUCCAACCCCAACCUCCACUCCCUCAUCCUCAUCUGCAUCAGGAGCCUCUCGUGCUUCCGCAACCUCUCGCGCCUCCCCCACAGCUGCUGCCUCCACAUCAGCCCCAACCUCCACCCCCUCAUCCUCAUCUGCAUCAGCAGCCUCUCGUGCUUCUGCGGCGUCUCGUGCCUCUGCAGCAUCGCGUGCGUCCACAGCAUCACGCGCCUCCACACCAUCCGUCCGAUCCGUUGUUCCUUCACUGCCGAAUCAGCAGACUCCCAUUCGUCCUGCCCAGUCCCAGCGUACUACACCGCAGCCUGCUACAUCCCAGCCCACUCAGUCGCAGCCCGCUCAGUCGCAGCCUGCUCAGUCCCGGCCUGCCCCAGUACAGCCUCGCCUGCAACCAGUGCAGGUGCCAUCACAGGCUAGAUCCCCGUCGAUGCCUAUGGUAACACCUGCCUCUGUAACACCUAGACCGGCUGUAACAUCUACAGUUUCUAUUACCGCAGCGAGCAGUGUUGCAGCAGGAAGCCCUGCCACAGCAGGGACUCGGGUUACACCUGUAACUUCUGCUACUGCAGGGACUCCAGUUACUCCUGUGACGCCUGUAACCGCAGCGACCCUGGUCACUCCAGCCACUCCUGUUCCUGCCGGCGCUCUGGUUGUUCCUGCAACUCCUGUAACAGCAAGCCCGCUGGUUACUCCUGCAUCUUCCGUUACAGCAGGCACCCUGGUUGCUCCUGCAACUGCCGCUACAGCAGGCUCCGUGGUUGCUCCUGCAACUCCUGUAACAACUGGAUCUCGGGUGACCCCUGCAAUUCCUGUUGCAGCAGGGGCGCGGGCCGCUCCUGUAACUCCUGUUACUGCUCUGGUUACGUAUUCAGCUCCUGUAACAGCUGGGACUCGGGUUACUACUGUUUCUCCGGCAACAGCAGGGACACUGGCUACUCCUGUAACUCCUGUAACUCCUGUAACAGCUGGGACUCGGGUCAUCCCUGCAACCCCUGUUACAGCAGGGACUCGGGUUACUCCCAUCACUCCUGUGCUCACUCCAUCAAGCCAACCGUCAGGCAGUCAAGUAAGCGCUGUGCCUCUAAGGGGAGUGGCUGUAACAGGGGGUGCAUCUACUGCUGGGACUGCAGGGGCGAGGGGGGCUGGGUUAGAUCGCCCUACUACCAGUGGCACAGCUGUGGUGGGCCGUCCUUCCUCCCUGCCUUCCUCUCUGCUUGCCUCCGUGCCUGUCUCAAUUCCAGCAAGGGACGUGCCAGGAAGGGUUCCAGCAGCAGCCGCAGCAGCAGCAGCAGCAGCAGGAAGGGUUCCAGCAGCCCCAGCCAGGGACCUACCAGCCGCAGCUAGGGUUCCCAUGGCUCCAGAGAGGGAUCUACCAGAGGCUCUCCCUGCAACUGCCACGACACGCAACCUGCCCUCCCAACUGCCCUCCCAGUUGCCCGCGCCAGCAACAGCUGCUAGCACUGGUGGCAGUGCUAGCAGUGGCGGCAGUGGGACUGGUGAAGGUCUAGGGGGGAUGUUGGGUUUCCUGGGCCCUCUGGCGUCCAACGUCUCAAGGUUCUUUGAUGUGAACUGGCUCACUGGCACGUUCUUUUCUGUUGGGUCUUGGUUCUCCUCCCUGCUGCGCGGGCAGACACAGUGACAUGGAGUAUGUCAGUAUGGAGUAUGUUAGUAUGGAGUACGUUAGUAUAGAGUAUGUUAGUAUGGAGUAUGUUGCCAAUUGUAUUCUAGUUUCAUUGGCCCUCUGGCAUCACGCACACGUUCUUUUAUUUUGGCUGUUGGUACUUCUCCCUGGUGUAUGGCCAGUGAUAUGGCGUGUGCUUGUAUGUGAGUGUUAAGGUUCAGAAG